AUGUCCAAAUUGAUAAAAAGGAUAGGGACUAAGAAGCAAGUUUUUUCCUAUGAUAUCACAGUUCACUAUAUCCAAAUGGCACUAAGUCGUCCAGUUCGCAUCAAUGUAGUUUGAAAAAGAAGUAAAUAGUAAUUAGAAAAGAAAAGAAUUGAAACAAAAAACAAAAAUGCAUUGUCCCCGUCAACAGGGAGUGUAGAAAUCAACGAAACCCUUACGAUGAUAAAUACUCUUUAUCAAGAAAAGUCUGGAGAAUUUUUGAGGAAGAAAGCUUUAUUGACUAUACAGGCUAUUGUUGAUGGCCAAGGCAUGAAAAAGGUCGGGACAUUGAGUUUGAAUAUUUCUGAGUACUAUAAUUCUUCAUUGGAACAGAAGAUUUUCGCAGUUGAAAAGUGUACAGAUAAAAAUGCAAAAAUUUGCAUAUCAAUUCAUGCUCAGCCGCUGGGGGAUUUAGCAAUUGCGGAUAAUAUGAGUGAAGCGUCUGGAGUGACUGGGUUUAGUAUGGGAACAGAAGGAGAUUUUGAUGGUCCGUUGUUUGAUCAAGAUAUAGGGGAUCUUGAAGAAGAAGCUCAUGCUCCAAAGAUUAUCCCGACAAGUAUUGCUAAACAAUCAAUUAAUAGACCGAUAUUGAAGCUGCCUGAGAUUGGGCCUGUUAAUCCUUUAAAAAUUACGCAAGCAUUAUCGCCAAAGCCGCCUCCAGACUCUGAAACACCAGAGCUGAAAGCUAAGCUUGAAGUUUUAGAAAAGGAAAAAGCCCAACUGAAAGCAGAAAAAGACCAGCUCAAAGUAGACCUUGGUGUCCAAUAUGAAAAAGCCAAAAAGGAACGGCAGCAAUACAUAGACUACACCAAAAAGCUCGACACAGAUUUAGACGCUUUAUCAAAAAAGAAUGAAGCACUCACUCCCCCCCCUUUAAAUUGGAACAAAAUAUCGGUAAAAUUUCCACCUUUUUGGUAAAUUAACCCCCCUUUAAAUUGGAACAAAAUUUAAUUUUAUAAUAAAAAAUUAUAUAUAAUUUUUAUCUAAAAAGUUUUGAUAUAAGUUAAAUGUUUCUUCUUAACUAAAAUUAAAAAUUUAUUUAUAUCUUGCUCUUUUUAAAGAAAAAAAGUAUAAAGAGCAUCUUAUUUAAAUAAAUUUAUCAUCCUUAAUUGGUAAAUUUAAAAAAAAAUUAAUUUUUUUUUUUAAAAAUUUUCAAAAAAAUUUUUUUUUUUUGUUGAUAAAAAUGAUAUGUUUUAUUUGGAUAGUUUUGAUAUAAAUUAAAUAGGAAUUCUUUAUAAAAAUUUCAAAAUUUACUUAUUUCUUGCUUUAUUUUAAAGAAUAGAGUAUAAAUAACAUCUUAUUUAAACAAAAUUAGCACUUUGAUCGAUAAAUUUUUCCAAAUUUUUUUUUUUUAAUUUUUUUUAUCAAUAAAAUAAUAAUUUUUGUGUAAAUAAUUUUGAUACCAAUUAAUAGUGGCGUAUUAACUAAUAAUGAAAAUUUAGUUAUAUCUUGCUUUGUUUUAAAGGAUAAAGAGUAAAUAGCGUUUUAUUAAACAAAUUUAUUGAUCUAAUUCGAUAAGUUUUUGAAAUUGUUUUUUUGUUGAAAUUUUUAUAUUUUUUAUAAAAAAUUUUAUAUUGAUAUUUUUUUUAAAAAAAAAAAAUUAACCCCCCUUUAAAUUGGAACAAAAUUUUUAGUUCCAAUUUAAAGGGGGGGGGAGUCAGAGAAAGAAAUGCAAGAAGGAACGAGAAAAUAAAAAUUUUAAAGCAAACCAAAGACAAUUUAUUAAACGAUUUACAAGAAGCAGAAAAAAGCUUAGCUGAUGGACUAGCUGACGAUAAUUAAAAUAUGGCGUCUUCGUCUGGGCAUGGCCUCCCGGCCAUGCAUACUCGACUCAUAUUUUAAUUAUAUCCGGCAAGGUUUUGCAUUUCAGAAACGGACGGCAAUGCUAGGUAAGCAAUUCUGGUUGUGCUCAGAGCCUAGCCCAAGUCUACUUUCGGGAAUGUUUUUUCCUCAUGGGAAAGGAGGCACGUAAGUUGGAAAGGGGAAGCUCAGCCAAGUCCGUUAGGACCAAUCGGGCAACUCCCUAGCGUGAAAACUGGGCGUUACGUCCCAGGCUUCGUGUUUUUCCUUUUUGCCGAAAGCCUACCAGAAAAUCCAUUUUUUAUGGAUUUUCGGAAUGGCAACCCAUGUCCUCAAGCGAAGUAGCUCAAGCAUGAGCCGCCUUAGUCGGCAACACUGCUCCGGAGGCGUGUACUGGAGAUCGAGGCUGACUGGCCCCAGACGGUCGGCGGGCCCUAUGCGGCGAAGAAGCAGCGGGAAGCUCUGGGAGGGGUCACCCCGUGAAUGGCGUUAAAUACAGAACCUAAUAAGUUAAGUUAAGUUAAGUUAAGAUGGACUAGCUGACAAAGAAGCGCUUAAAAAUGAAAAUAAUGAUUUAAGAGAUGAGCUAAGAGUAGCAAAAGAUAACCUUAUAAAGCUAGAAAAACAAAACGAAAGCUUAAAGCAAGAUUUCACAAAUUUAGAAAAUUCUUAUAGAAAUUUACAAGAUAUUAAUGCCCAGAUGAAAAUGGAUUUAGAAUCAAUUAGGCAAGAAUUUGCAGCUUCAAGAGAAACACUCACUGCGAGAGGGAUGGAAAAUGAUGCAGUUUUUAAUGAUUAUAAGAAAAAGACUGAGGUGAUUAUUAAUGAUUAUAAAAGAGAGCUGAAAAAUCUAGAGCAUGAAAGAGAGGAAGCGCUGUCUAAGCAGACUGAGCUGACUUUGGAGCUUCAAAAAACAAAAGCAGAGCUUACUGCUUUUGAAGAAAAGUUCAGGGACCAAAGCAUAAAGCUUGAAAGAGAGCUUAAUCAGCUGAGGGAAAGCAAUACUGAACUUAAUCAAAGGGCUGAAGAAGAGAUUCAAUCUAGAAAACAGCUGAAAGAUAAAAUGGCUGCUGACAAAGCAGAAUUUGAUGGUAAACUUGCAAAAAUGACACAAAAUUAUCAGGAAACUAAAGCCAAAAAAGAGCAACUAGAGCAGUCAAUUUUAGAGUAUGAAAGGCAGCUCCAUAGAAGACAAACUGAGCAAGAAGGAGACACAGUAAAUAUCCAAAAAUUUCAAGAUAAAAUUGAAAGUCUUGAAAAAAAUGCAGCAAGAUUAAAACAAGAAAUAAAAGAGAAAGAUAAAGAAAUUGAAGAGAUUUACAGGCUUAAAGAAGCCUUAGAUGAAGAGAAUACUAUGCUUUCUGAACAGUUAAAGAAAGCUACAACCACUGAAUUCUCAGAUCCUGCAAAUAUAAUACUCCAAGAACAAAUACAAAAUUUAGAGAGCAAGCUGAAAAUGACUGACCACGCAUAUAAAGAAGAAAGAAAUUCGCUAUAUGAGCGUAUAGAAAUUCUUGAAAAACAAAUUGAAAUUUUGGAAGGCAAAAAUGAAGAAAAUUCUGCAUUUUAUGAAGACCAUCUUCACAAAUUAACUGUUGACAACCAAUUAAUGCUAAGAGAAUUAGAAGAGACUAGAAAAGAAAAAUCUUUUACAGCGAAAACAAAUGCAGAAAUGAUAGCUUCUAUGCAAGAAGAACACUAUAAGCAAAAUCUCCACAUGCUUGAAGUAGAAGUAACUGACUUAAAAACAAAACUCUCUCAGUCUCUAGCGGAUUAUAAAACAAUGGAGAAGAAAUACGUAGACUCAAAGCUCAGCUGGGCCAAUGUAGAUCUAGAAAGGGAAACUCUGAUCCAAAAAUAUAAAGACGCCCAAGAGCAGCUGAGAGAUUAUUCUUCCCAAUGCACAGUUAUGGAAGUUGAGCUGUAUAAAAUCAAUGAAAGGUUUGGACAGACAUUAAACAAUUACAACGAGCUUGAAAUGGAAAAUCAUAAUUUGAGACAGAAGCUAGAAGAAUAUGAAAAGCCAAACGCUGGGAAAAAGAAAAAAAAGUUAUUUUAA